CAAGUUUUAAGAGCAAAAAUAGGUUACAAGCUGCAGCUCAUUAUUCUCUUCAAUAAUCGCCGCCACCGCAAACCACCGUUAGUCAGCCACCGUCCGACAUUAACCUCUCACACACUGUCAGAUGGGGAUAAAGGAGAAAAAAUCCAUGUUGAAGAAAAUAAAAAAAGGUUCCACCGAAUUAACCGCUGCUCGUAAAGAUGAAUCCGCUGAAUUUUUGCCUUUAGCAGGUGGUCCACCUCGAAAACUGCCUGUUAGCAAAAAUCUAGAAAAUAAAUCAACUGUGCUGUAUAUUGGAAGAAUUCCUCAUGGGUUUUACGAGAACGAAAUGGAAGCUUUUUUCAAGCAGUUUGGCGAAAUCAGGAGGGUUAGGAUUGCAAGGAAUAAAAAGACCGGAAAAUCGAAGCAUUUUGGAUUCAUUGAGUUUGCGUCCCCAGAGGUGGCAAAGAUUGUUGCUGAAACCAUGCAUAACUAUUUGCUAUAUGAGCAUUUGUUGCAAGUUCAGAUGAUCCCACCAGAACGUGUUCAUUCCAAAUUGUGGAAAGGUGUUAACCGUUACUAUAAGCCAUUGGACUGGGUUCGUAUUGAACGAAAACGUCAUAACAAGGAAAGGACAUUUGAAGAGCACAAGAAGUUGGUAGACAGACUCUUGAAAAGAGACCAGAAAAGGCGAAAGAAAAUUGAGGCUGCUGGCAUUGACUAUGAGUGCCCAGAAAUUGUGGGCAAUGAUACGCCUGCGCCCAAGAAGAUCAGGUUUGAAGACUAAGGCCAUUUGAGGGUGAGGAAAGAAACAAAUCUUGAUGGAUGUUAGCUUUCUGUACCAACAAGCAUAUCAGAUUCUGGUGUUUUCUGGAUGUGUAGUUAUAGCUUUGGUGUCUAUGUACUUGAAUCUUCAUACUUUUUGUGAUGUAGCAACUAGUAACCAGGAAAUGAAUGAAAAUUUUGAUAUUUAUUUUGCUCGUAA